UUGUAGGGGUCUGGUAUGUCUCAGCCAAGCAAUGCCCCGACGUUGUUUACAACAAAAAUCAACAUUGCCCUUUCAGUCGCUGUCUUCCCCAACAGGUUCCCCGAAGGUUUUGUCCCCUAUUACCACCCUGCCACCUCCCGGGUCUCCCCCGACCCCUUCUCCCCCAAAUUCCCCCACCGCUACAGCUCUGCUUUCUGGCAUACCCUUAGAGCCACGUCGAAAAGAACCUAUAACAGCGGCUUCCACCCUUGUUUCGAAUAUUAAUCUCACACCACCCCCUCAUUUGCCGCCGGCAGCGGCGCAGGGUUCAAGUACGGCUUCCGGUACCCCUCCCAUGACACUGACAUCAAUAACUUCGAAGACCACAACGACGACUACGAAUGCGACCACUGCUACAACGACGGGCGCUGCUGCCGUCGCUGCAGCCGCUGCAGUGGUGCUUCCGACGUCAGCAACUCCUCUUCCUCUAUUGUCAAUACCCCGGAAUUCACACCCAACAAUUAAUACAUCAUUAUUCACCUCCAAUAAAACCAACAACAGCAGCAGCAACAACAAUAACUGUUCGCUUCCCGCAGCAAGUUCCUCCUUCGCCUCGGCUAACGCUUCUUCAGUUGCUAACGGUAGUAAAAUCGCAGCCUUCAUCCGAAUGUCACAACAAUACCAAGACACAACAUCGAAACCAAAAUUAACGUCCUCGAAUUCAUCCCGUACGAUGGGUGGUAGGAUAUUUCAGCGGCGAUCUGCUGUCACUCGAUCUAAUAUGAAUACUGGACGGCGUUAUUCAACUCGAGAUAAUACGGAAGAGAAGGAAAAAGUAGCCAGAAGUAUAUUUGGUGACGUCCCGUUAACGAGCCUGGAGCGGCGUUUCUUGACGACAGCGACGGACGGUAAUUUAGCUGAGAUACAGCAAUGCAUCAUGGAAGGCGUAAAUGUCAACUGCAGGGAUUACCUGGGACGCACGGCACUGCAGUUGGGAUUGCAAGGAGAUCAUUAUGAAGCGACCAAGUUUCUACUUGAUCACUGUACCUUGGAUGUUAUUGAAGAAGGCUUGUUGCACGCUAUCAAGCUGGAGAAUGUACGAAUAUGUGACAUGUUUCUUAACCAUCCCGUUUAUGCUGAUGAAAGGAAUCGAAGGAGGUUAGAAUUCCAGCAUGGAUUUUACGAACAGUCGGCCCUCAUCAGCAACAACAGCUCAGCUUUUACUCAUGGAGGGAUUACCUGGUGUGCAAAUAGAACGGAUGAAAAUAACUCGAAUUUCUCGCCGGAUAUUACACCGAUUGUCUUAGCAGCACAAUGCAAUAACUUUGAUAUUGUGCACAUGUUGCUUCGCAAAGGUUUCUCCAUUGACAUGCCGCACCAUUAUUUCUGCCUCUGCACCGAGUGUGACAAUCACAAGAGAUUCGACCGCUUUGUUCACUCACGCUCACGUCUGAAUGCCUACCGAGGUUUGGCCAGCACCGCUUACAUGGCACUCUCCAGCGACGACCCGGUUCUAACUGCUUUCGAACUGAGCGAACAGUUAAAGGGUUUAGAAGAGAAGGAAAAAGAGCAUAAGAGUGAGUAUAAAUCUUUGUGUGAACACUGCAAGAAUUAUGCAGUCGAAUUACUGGAGCUUUGUCGUACAAAUGAGGAAGUGAUGGCAGCUUUACAUGGAGGGUCAGAUAUUCAUGAUUUGUCCAGAGUUCGUAUGGCGAUUAAAUAUGAACAGAAAAAGUUUAUCGCCCAUGCCAGCUGUCAGGAACAUCUAAUGAGUAUUUGGUAUGCAGGUGUCCCUUGGUUCCAACAUCAGUCUUUUAUGGUAAAAUUAUUCAUUGUUCCACUCGGUAUUCUCUUCAUACCUGUCACAGCAAUCAUCUACGUGUUUUUACCCUAUUCUAAGAUUGGUGAGAUACUAAGAAGCCCUUUCAUGAAAUUCAUGAAUUAUAUGUGUUCCUAUAUGGCUUUUCUGGUAUUCCUUUUGAUUGCCACAACUUCAAAAAAUACUACAACCAAUAGUGAACCGUGGGUAGUCCGUGGAUUCAUUAUUUUCUACGUAUUUGGAAUGUUCUGGGCAGAAUGUAAACAACUUUGGGAUGAAGGAGUUAAAGAAUAUUUUGCCCAAAUGUGGAAUUAUAUGGACAUCACCAUGUUAGCGCUCUACACUGCAUCAUAUACCAUAGAAUCUAUUGUUUCAAUAAAAUCUAGUAGUUACAAUGACACCAGCAGCUCAGAAUUCUCAGUCUACCUGUCCAACGUUAGCGAACAGGUAACCAGAAACAUCAGCAGACACAAACGCGCUUACUCCUCAAUCAAAUCUACAUAUGAUUGCUCACAGAUUACUAAACGGGAUACUAACAUGUUACAGCUCUCAGGUUAA